AUGGAGUACCUGCCUAGUCUUCAACAGGAGUUCGACGAGUCGAAGCCCUCGCUCUUCGAACUUCUCGCAGAGCAACAACUAUCAAACUUGAUUCCUCCCUCUCUGCGCUACCUCCUUGCUGUCGCAACGCACCGCCACCCGCGUUACCUCCUCCGCAUCCUCAACUCCUACGACGAGGUCUACGCCGUCCUUUCCUUCAUCGUCGAACGCUACUACCUCCGCACCUUCGGCGGUUCCUUCACUGAGAACUUCUACUCCCUAAAACGCGAGCGCGUCCUUCGCACAGAAAAUGGCGAGAUCCCGCGCGCCCAAGUCGGCGCCGCCGGCCCCGUCCGCGAAGCUCUGAAGCUUCGCUCCGCCGACGUGUGGAAGAACCUGCUCGUCCUUGUAGGCAUUCCCUACUUGAAAUGCAAGCUCGACGAGGGAUACGACAUCCACGCCGCACCUCAGGCCGCAUUGGCUAUCGGUGGUGGCCCCCGCUAUAACCCCAGCGAGGACCUGCCGCCCAACCCGACGCUGCGCCAGCGGCUGUUCGCCUACUACAAGUGGUUCCUGCGGAACGUCUACCCGUCCGUCAACGCGGCAUACUACUUCUCCGUCCUGGCCUUCAACCUGGCCUACCUUUUCGACAACACCAAAUACUCCUCGCCCUUCCUUUGGCUCAUCGGAACGCGCAUCCGCCGACUCGGCGCAGCAGACCACCGCGCCAUCGCCGCAGUUCUAGACCCCAAGUCCCGACCCGGGGCUGCGCGCUCCCAGCGCCCUGGAUCAGGCCUCCUGGGUCUUCUGAGCCCGCAGAACCUCUACCCGCGACUCCUCUCCUCGCUGCGCUACUUCCUCCCGGCCUCAAUAUUCGCCCUCAAGUUCCUGGAAUGGUGGCACGCAAGCGACUUCUCACGACAACUAGCCCGCAAAGCCACUGAGGUCCUGGACCUGCCCGCGCCCGUGGUGUCCGGUCUAACCACACCUGAAGAACGACGUCGAGCAGCGCAGGACGCAAAGGAGAAGGAGAAAGAAAAAGAAAGGAAGACCUCAUCUCCAACCAACCCGUCCGACCUCAAACCCGCCCUAAAAUCUCCCCGCCGCAACCAACCCCCCAUCUCCGCUUCUUCAUUCCUCCCCAUUUUCACAGUCCCGUUGCCACCAGCCGACUCAUCCAGCGCAAAUACCUGCCCCGUGUGCAUGAGCGCGCUCGUGAACCCGACGGCGUGUCAGACAGGGUAUGUGUUCUGCUAUGUGUGUAUUUUCCACUGGUUGAAUGGCGAGCAUCAACGCCAGUUGGAUUUUAUGGAUGGGGAGGGGGAAGAAGGUGUUGAUGAGGAGACCGUUCCUAAGGAUGAUGAGAAGGUGGGAUGGCGCAAGCGCGGUGGGAAGUGGGAGAGUGGGAAGGGUCGGUGUCCGGUUACGGGGCGGAGGGUGCUGGGUGGUACGGAGGGACUGCGGAGGGUUUUGAUUUGA